GAGUACCACAUAUACAUGUGUACGUACAACAGCCAUACGGACAUUUUAGGGAUGCAAGGGCCGCACUGGACUUGAAUACCGCAUUGGUGAUCAAUACGUGUCUGCCCGGAGCCCAGUUCGGCAGUCGGCUGAUGGAUGGCGGUGCUGCAAUGGAGGAGCGUGGCUCGGAGAACAUUUGCAGCUGCCACCGGUUUGCCGUUUGAAGCAAAACCCAAGAGAAAGGUGUCGGCAAACGUGGUUUUCUUGUGUUCCUGCCGAAUGAUCUGCUCUAUCUGGAAACAAUUUUGUCGGCUGUCUGGUCAUAUUUAAUGCUGAAGUGUGUGUGGAAUAUUACGCCUGGUUUCUCGGCAUCAGUGGAGUAACGUUUCACCAGGCCGUGCACCAGCAGAUCUCACGAUACCUUACACCGUUGAUAAUACGGUAAAAGCGGUCAAGUUGGCUGGGUACAAGCAAGCCUUAGGAAAACCACGAUGAUCAGGUAAAUGUUAUACAACACAGAGGUGUAUCUCUUGGUAUCCGUUAUACUAGUCUAGUUAACACUCUCUUGUUCUCACGAAGAACUGGCCGUAACAUGUUACGUAUUUAGGAGCCGAGUUUUCAAGUUGAGUGUAUCCCAUUUGUUUACCUCGAAGGGUUAUUCGUCAAAAGACAGUCGCAGCUCACUUGCUUGUGCUAGUCCUGUUUUAAACGGGAACAUUUGACCUUGUGUCUAUGCGUUGACCUUUUUUUGUCCCACAAUGACAUAGUAUUAAACGGGUGAAAUCAAGGUGAAACUAUCCCGGAGUGAGAGUGUUUAGAUGACCUAUCGGCCGAUCGUUUUUCCUGGUAACUGUGCUGUCGGGCUGUCUCCACUACCAGGCUUGUCUGGUGUAGUGGUCACGGCAUAAUCAACCCAAGUCAAAGCUGAAGGAACCAGUGGUCAACACCAUGGCUUCUGUGGCUGCUUGGCUGCCGUUUGCCAGGGCUUCUGCCAUCGGUUGGGUGCCUGUUGCCCACACCCCAUUCCCCCAGCCCCGUGUCGGCCAGGAUCAGAGGAGAGGCGACGACCGGUUUCUCAUAAACGUUAGUGGGAGGCGCUUCGAAACAUGGAGAACGACUUUGGAAAAGUUUCCCGAAACCCUUCUGGGUUCCAACGAAAGAGAAUUUUUCUAUGACGAGGAAACUGAGGAAUACUUUUUUGACAGAGAUCCUGAUCUUUUCCGACACGUUUUGAAUUACUACAGAACAGGAAAGUUGCACUACCCAAAACAUGAAUGCCUUAGCGCGUAUGACGAGGAAUUGGCCUUUUUCGGUAUUAUGCCAGACCUCAUUGGGGACUGUUGUUACGAAGACUACCGGGACAGGAAAAGAGAAAACAGCGAGAGAUUACUGGACGAUAAAGGGUCAGAAAAUGGCGAUCACCUGGCGGCCACUAAUCUACGACAAAAAAUGUGGAGGGCUUUUGAGAACCCCCAUACAAGCACGGCCGCUCUGGUGUUCUAUUACGUGACUGGGUUUUUUAUCGCCGUAUCGGUGAUAGCCAAUGUUGUUGAGACAGUUCCAUGUGGUCUUCUUCCAGGUACGAACACAAAUCCACCGUGCGGGGAACGCUACGAACUGGCUUUCUUUUGCUUGGAUACUGCCUGUGUUAUGAUUUUUACCGCUGAAUACCUGUUGCGUCUAUUUGCUGCGCCAGACCGAUGUAAAUUUGUUCGCAGUGUCAUGAGUAUCAUUGAUGUGGUCGCCAUCUUACCCUACUACAUUGGUUUGAUCAUCACAGAUAAUAAAGACGUGAGUGGGGCAUUUGUAACACUACGAGUAUUCAGAGUCUUUAGGAUCUUCAAAUUUUCCAGGCAUUCACAAGGAUUAAGAAUUCUGGGUUACACUCUCAAGAGCUGCGCCAGCGAACUUGGCUUUCUUCUGUUCUCGCUUACAAUGGCUAUCAUUAUUUUUGCUACAGUUAUGUUUUAUGCAGAGAAAAAUGUGCCCAAGACCAGGUUUACCAGUAUUCCUGAUGCUUUCUGGUACACCAUCGUAACCAUGACAACGCUCGGAUAUGGUGACAUGGUACCAAAAACAAUAACAGGGAAGAUUGUUGGAGGAGUAUGCUCUCUGAGUGGUGUAUUGGUCAUAGCUCUGCCUGUACCUGUCAUUGUUUCCAACUUCAGUCGAAUUUACCACCAAAACCAAAGGAUGGACAAACGAAAAGCUCAAAAGAAAGCCCGUUUGGCUCGAAUACGAAUGGCCAAAAAUGCAAGUGGAGCAGCUUUCCAGAAAAGUAAAAAGAAGGCAGAGGAAAUCAUGCUGGCUCAGGAGAGAGGCCUGGAAUUGGACGAGGUUAAAAACCAAGACCUAUUUGAGCUUCAGCAUCACCAUCUCCUUCACUGUUUGGAGAAAACAACAGACAGAGAGUUUGUUGAGAUGGACCUGACAUUCAAUGGAGCUCACAGGCCGUCAGAAACCCCUCCACCCUCUCUCCCUUCGGUGAGCUCUGUAGACCGCCAUCGCAGUGGCUGCUGCGCCCGUAGGUUCAACCCACAACGACGCUUCCUGACAAGAUCUUCAGGACAGGAAUCAGAACAAGAAGAGCUGAAUGACAUCCAAGUGAGACCCCCUACCAACAAUCGCUCAUCGCGAUCAAGCCUGAAUGCAUUUCCUUGCAACCCAAAGUCAAACAACACACAGACUGUGACGACGGCUAUAGUUACCCUGCCAACCCCAAGCUCCACCUCUGAGACCGAGCCCAUGUGUACCCCCGGUCCGAGCACCGCUCUUCUCCCCCACUCACAGAACCCUAACAUGGUCAAGAUAUCCACCUUAUAACACCUUCAGGAAAACUAACCCUAAAUCCGCACCUUACUCUCCUGUGACCAGGGGUCUCUUGUAACAGUGCUGAAGGCUGACCUAACACUUUGAUUGCAAUAAGAGAAGAGUGGUCGCUACCAAGAAACAGGCUCCUUGGGAUGGGUUGAGAUUCCUGGCUGGAGAUUUCAAGAAGCAGUGAGAACAGGUUAUUGCUCCACACUGUGUUCUGGUGUGGACUGUGCUCUCCAUCAGUCAUGUCUUCCUCCAUUGAUUUCUGGUGGUGAGAAGCGAUGAGACGCAAAGAAAAGGAGAUGUCCCCACCAUCCAUCAGAAGACUGGUGUAUCCAUGUGCUUACCCAGAUGGAGGAAUUACAAUCAUGUCCUCUCUACAUGCCCAAAAUAACUGGUCUCAACAUGAGCAGAAAGUAACAAAACAUCAGAGGAAAAAGUUAACUGUCCUGAAUUUGUGAACACGCACGGGAGGUAUAAUGGAACGAUCACCAGCAAUACUAGUUACAUGAACUCAUUUCAGGAUGGUGAGCGCGUGACUAUUGGAGGAUAGCGAGACCCUUUUAACAUGAUUCCUACACAGGUGUGCAAGGUGUAUAGCUUUUUGCUAGAAAGGUGGUAUGUGCAAAAGCUUCCAACAGUCAGAGAAACAAAGGCAUAAAUUGUCCCUGCACAAAACGGCCAAUUAAUGCACUGCAUUGAAGGAACUGUCACCUUCUCAUUUCAUUUUCAAGGAAUUUUGUGUGUGGUAGAGUUACUGAAAGCAGGGAAAGGGUGAGAGAUGUAUCCAUUGCACAGUUUGUGAUAAGGAUAUCAAAGAAAAGCAAAAUACAGCUCUCCAAUGCUGCUGUCUUUGCACUGGCUCAUGAGGUGAGAUUCAAACUGGUGUAGGAAACCUGAAUUACCAUGUUUUUACUUAUGUUGUACAUGUGUAUCAGGACCUCAGUAGAUCUGGUAUUGACAGGAAGCCAGAACUCUGCUUUAUUCAAACAUUUCACAAGCUCCUUAAUCAGCACUAUUCAGCUUACCACAUUUGUUUUCAAUUUUAUGGUUAGAUUAGUAUGCAAGAGACUGAUCAGUCUAAUCAUUUCUCUCUUUGUUAUUGAGAAUCCAUUUUUCGUAUCAUCGUCUUAACAUUUCCACUUAACCAUCUGCUUGGUCAGACAUUGUUUCUCCACUACAAAUAGACAGCAUGUAGAGUAGUCCUUGAAAUAUGAAUAACAUGUUGAGUGAUAAGAUAUUGAUACCUCCCAAUACUGAAAAGAUCUCAGGCAGCGACAAUUCCAAAACAACCAACUCGUAGUUCCAACAGUGAUAUUAUUUCACAGACAGACCCUUUAGUAAUGCUUUACAGUAUCACACCCACACAAAUACAUCUAGUUGUGCUACAGUCCUAUGUAUUUCCUCCACAUCAGGAAUUCUCAAAUAGUUCCAAUGUGGUCCACUUAGCUUCCUCAUACAUAAUCUACAACCACUGACUUACCACAAUAGCUCAACAGAUGUAUAAUGCAACUUAUUUACUGCCCAAUUCUGCUUAAAAUCUAGACAGUCUGCUUAUGAGACUGGAAUCCUGAUAUUAGUGCAUGGUUGCUAUACAAUAAAUGAUCUCACUAGACUGACAAUGCCAAAGUGUUGUAAAGGUGAAAACCUCCAACAUCUUCUUUUAUCCACAUCCAUACAUAAUAAAACCAUUUGAAGAAAAACAUGACAUGUAUAAACGUGAUGAAAGCCUCUUUGUUGAUAAAGCAUGCAGCUUUAAUGUCUUGGGGCAAAUUCUGGUACAAUUAUCAAGGGGAGUAACUUUGAAUCCAAUCAGUAUGGAGCAUUAGGUAGCCUCCAGAUUCCUCUUGACUGUAUAAUGUAUACUUACCUACUCACCCUUCACCAAAGGGGAUGGGGCACAAGAAAACUUCACCAAAAAUAACCAUGUGUGACAAUACAGCCAUGGUCAAAUCUAUAUCCUGGCACAAAAAUGUGAGAGCAGAGGGUAGAAGAAAUUCUCUCUGACACUGUGUAUUUAAUAACACUUGACACAGGUUCUCUCCCUUUCUGGCUAUUGUCUUGUAAAUAUGUGAAUAUAUAUAUAUAUAAUAUAUUUUUAUCUAUGUCAUAUCACACCGCCAAGUUGCAGAUGCAGUCUUGACUGCCCAAGCUAGCCUUCUAUAAAAUCAAACCGACUAUGGUACAACUGGAAAGACUGGAAGGUUACUGUUGGUGUUAACUCCUAUCAAAAAAGGACCUCUGGAAACAUCCUUUUCUGUGUUAACACUGACUGAAUGGGUUGGCUGUAAGUUAUGUUUAUGCAAACACAGAUAGAUCAAGGAUUUUUACAAGAAGGCCAAUUUGAAGUAUUAAAUAUAUGAACUCUCUAAAAUCACUUUUCUUCAGGCUUCCUCUCACAUGCAUAGGCUUAAUCGUAUACUUGUACAGUUGUUAUAAUUUAUUUGUAUGUGAAUCUGUGUGAAUGUGUAAAAUGUAGACAGUGCAUUAUUAAAUGCAUUACAUCAUGGCAUGGAAAGACUAGAGGAUGCAUUGGACUAGAAACCCAUAGCUCACAGACAGAAAGAUAUGUUAGGGUGGACAAAACCUAGUAGGGAAAACUCCAAAGGUUAACCUAUAGUAAUGUCCUAUUGGGAAUGAAAGGCAAAGAGGGAAUCUUCAAAAAUGUUUUUUAUGUCAAUGCUGCUUUUGUGCUGGAGAUAUUCUCUGCUUCCUAGGAAAUAUGUCACCAUAUCACAGAGCACAAUCCAAUGUUAAAUUUCAAUACUAUAUUAACAUACAUAUCUGAAAUGUCAACCUAUCUCUCAGUAGGCCAAUGAAUAAUCCAAAGGAAUAAUUGCUCUUGUCAUUCAUGUAUAAUUGCUUUCAAAGAAAAUUUCAGUACAUACAUGUACAUGCAGGCCUACCAAAUUAGGGUAAUACAGUUGAACAGGUCUACAAGGUGGCAUGAAAAUCUUACAAAUAUCCAGGUGCACUUCAUGUCUGCUUCAUGCACUCCAUUUGGCAUAGCUCAGAUACUACUUUUAAACACACACAGUGUGCGUUAAACUUUGAGUUUUAUGGAUUAUGCUUUCACAUUUUCAUUUUCACUCAAUAAAAACAUUCAUUUGUCCAAUUUUCAGUUUUUCACAUGAGUAGUCAUAUAAAAUUUUAUAACAUGUGUACAUAAACAGAUGUAUAGAAAGAAACAAUAACAACUCCUGUAACCUAUUUCAGGUAACUUCAGGUAGAAUCACCACAUUUAAGACUUUCCAAAAAUUACAUUUAUAAUAUCUGAAGUUCCUGUGUCAGAUCUUGUUUAGAAUAAACAGAAUAUAGAAAUAGAAUUUCAACCAAGAUUUGAUGUAGCCUUGGUGAUAAUAAUCAGAAGGUAACUGUUGUGCACAAGAAGAACUAUAUUUUCAUUUACCUAUGAUUAACAUAUUUCUGCAAAAGUCUGUUUGAUUGUUUGGUCAUACAAAUUAACAUAAGUAAGAAAUGAAUACUGAAACAUAUCAAAUCUAUAAUAUAAAACUUAUCAAAUAAAAAUUAAAUGAAUACCUUAACCUAAGGUCUUGAAAAGCAAACAUACUAUUUAAGUUUCACUGGCUCAACAUGUAUUUCAGAAAAAAAUAAGUUAAUGUAAAUUUCAUUUAGAGCACCUCUCUGUCAUUGUGGAUUAUUUGCAUGUGUGAAAUGUUGUAAAAUGUUCUUGUUUCCUAUAGGACACAAGUCUGCUUUGUCAGGAUGGUUUGAGAUAGGGAUGAUAUGAUUUCAACAUGAAAUCCUCUCUGUUUUUUAUGCAUUGCUGAACCAAGCAUAUUAAUAAUGUUUUUAACAUCUGUGAUAGCAGCACACUACUAACUCAGACAAAAAGCAAUUUUUGUCCCAGUGCCCAUUCAACAAGAAUGUUUACCUUACCCUCGACCAGGUAAUAAGACUACCAAGUUAGUUACAUCAUUAUUGUGUUAAGGCAGGUGUUCUUUGUCGAAUGGACAACCUUCAGUGAUUUAAUGUCGUGCACCUUCUCUGUACAAUUCAGUUUUGCAAUAAUAUCGAUUUGUGUACGUAAGUAAAACUUGCUAGCUUCCUGCAUUUGAUUAUUUAUUGCAAGUGUGUUGAGAGAGUCAUUGUGAUAGAGGAGUUUAUAGAGGUAUUUGAUAUAGAGGCUGCUUGACUGUGAUAGUGUGUAUAAAUGAGGAAGUACAGGUAUUAUUGACAGGUGUAAGGGUUAGUGAUAUGAGUGGAAAGGAUAUCACCAUACACUGUUGUUAUUUUAAAAGUUUUUUGUUCUACAACACAAAGCUUACCUGUUUUACACUUCACAUUUUUCUUGUGAUAAUAAUGUAUGUUUGAUUUGAGUGGAUAUUAAUAAUGUAGACUCUAGUUAUAAUUGUUACAACAAUCUUUCACAACUUCUAUGUGAAUUCUUUUACUUUCCUAGGUUUUUAAUUGCCACAGAAAUCACAUUUCUUGAGAAUGUCCAUAUCCAAGCAUUUAUGAGAAAGAUAUCCUGUCUAAAACAUAUCUCUUCAUGGCGUUGCAAUCAAAUAAUAUUUUUGUUUUAAGGCGUUUGUUUUUCUUUUUUUUUUUUUUUUGGUCUUUUUGUUAUGAAACAUCUUUUCCAUUGCAGGCUUUCAACAUUGAAACUAUGUUUCUCUAAUUGUUGUUUACAUCAUUUCAAAUCUUUAACUUCCUGUUUUACGGGUUGAGAUUUCUUCGUUUAUAUUCUCACAAUACCUGAAGAUAUACAACAAAACUGUUUUUAUUUCUCCUAGAUAUGUACAUAUAAUCACUGUGUUAUAUUCAUUUUUAUAAUAAUAGGCCGCUUGAACAGUUCAAGAACUCAUUGGAUUGUAUCAAACUUGGAGAUGCACAAUGAUGCAUGUCUGUAUCAUAUUCCCACAAGUAAGACGUUUUUACUUUAUAAGGUAUGUGUUAUGAAGAACACAACGUGCUCCAAAGACAAUUAACCUGUUGUGAUUUUCUAAGACGUUUAUUCUCCCACUGACGCCUGACAUUUGGCAAGGAUGCUCCUUACUGGGAGGAAAUCAAAAGAGCGGGAGUGCAGGGAAUAUUCUAUUGAGCUAUGAAGUGUUGUGUUGGUGAACGUUGGAGGCACACCUACCCAUGUUCUCAGUAGGCUCCACACCUAGCCCUAAUUGGCCGAGUAAUACCACGGUGUGAGUGUUUGCAAUAGAGAUGAUAUGUUACCCAUUCCAUAUUGUUCCACUAUUUACCAGAGUUAUUGUCCUUCAUCAUGUUUCAUUGUUAUGGUCUUCUUUUUUAAAUCUUGAGAGUAUCUAGACCCUGAGGUAAUAGGGUACAUGUAGAUUAUCCCAUUGUACCAAUCCUAUGUAUAGUAUCACCAUGAUAUUCUGCUAGUAUCGGUCCUCAUUAAACUUUCUAACACACUUUCCUGCACUGCAAGCUACAUAUGCGACAAGCGCAUUUCUAUGAAGGAAUUUCACUGGUGGAGGACUUGGCAGUUGUCAGCAGAUCACAGCCAUUUCAUACCUUUCCAGCUGCUAUGCCUCUUUAAUAAAAUUUCCAGUAUUGUGUAUAAGAAACUUGUAAGUUUGUACUCAUGUUGACUGCACCGCUGCACCUUUGGCUAUGGUCUCAGCAUAUACUUACCUGUGUCUGACAAUCAAUUCUGGAGGCAUGAACUCCCACUGCUGCAGAUAUGGCCUGCUUAACACCCUGCUUAAUAGCCAGGGUCAUGGCCCACAAUCACAUUGUGGUUUUAUGAUUUCACCUCUUGUAGUUCAUCAUUGUAGUCACUUGUCGACAGGUGUGGCACACCUAUAUAAAGCAAGUGGUAGGUAGUAGUCUUGUGAAAUUUCAAUUUUACAAAAUCCAUUAUAUUCCAGUUUAAUACUGUUAUUUCUGAUGGUACAUGUAGUCUAUUCUUCCCACUCUUGUUACAUCUUGAAUUUUUAUGUAUAACACUGACUGUCAUUAAAAACGUAUUUCUACUGUCAA